AUGAGCGAGAUGAUGACCAGCGACCCCUUGUACUCUUCUAGCAUCAAGUCAUCGGUUCUUCUCGGAUUGUCUUUGACAGUCCCUCUCAUGGUGGCAUGCCUAUCUGUUGCCAUUCCUAUAUGGAUUCGUAAUGGCUACCAGUUCUGGAUUUCAAGAACUGAUUGCGCAGGUCAAGCCGGAAAUCAUCAAACUUUGGGGAUGAAGGAGGGUGUUGUUCUUUUCAUAUGCAUAUCUGUAUUUGCUGGAUCUGUAUUAGCUCUCGGUGCUAUAGUAUCCGCAAAACCAUUGGAGGAUUUACAGUACAAAGGAUGGACUAGGGACCAGAACAGUGUUACAUCUCCUUAUGCAUCAUCUGUGUACCUUGGCUGGGCACUGGCUUCUGCUAUUGCUUUAAUUGUUACUGGUGUGCUACCGAUGGUAUCCUGGUUCGCAACAUAUCGAUUCUCUCUUUCUUCUGCUAUAUGCGCUGGAAUAUUUGCAGUUAUCCUUGUGGCAUUUUGUGGUGCAUCCUAUCUGGAGGUUGUGAAUUCGAGGGACGACGAGGUUCCUACAAAGACUGAUUUCCUUGUUGCUUUACUUCCUCUGGUGUGCAUUCCAGCACUGUUAUCACUUUGUUGUGGUUUGUUUAAGUGGAAAGAUGAUGAUUGGAAACUUUCUCGAGGUGUUUAUGUCUGCAUCAUCAUUGGUCUUCUUCUUCUGCUUGGUGCAAUAUCAGCUGUUAUAAUUCUUGUUACACCGUGGACGAUAGGGGCAGCAUUCCUUUUAGCUCUUCUUCUCCUUGUUCUAGCUAUUGGUGUUGUCCACUACUGGGCUUCAAACAAUUUUUAUUUGACCAGGGCACAGAUGUUACUUGUUUGUUUCCUUGCUUUUCUUUUGGCUUUGGCAGCAUUUCUCAUGGGGUGGUUCCAAGAUAAACCUUUCGUCGGAGCCUCUGUUGGUUACUUUUCAUUUCUCUUUCUUCUGGCCGGAAGGGCAUUGACUGUUCUGCUUUCACCUCCUGUUGUCGUUUAUUCUCCAAGGGUACUGCCUGUAUAUGUUUAUGAUGCUCAUGCAGAUUGUGGAAAGAAUGUCAGUGCUGCAUUCCUUGUGCUUUAUGGGGUUGCAUUGGCAACUGAGGGCUGGGGUGUCGUUGCUAGUUUGAAAAUUUAUCCCCCAUUUGCUGGUGCUGCUGUAUCAGCAGUAACACUUGUUGUAGCUUUUGGGUUUGCUGUCUCUCGUCCGUGCUUGACUCUUAAGAUGGUGGAAGACGCAGUUCACUUUCUUAGCAAGGAAACUGUUGUGCAGGCAAUUGCUCGUUCUGCCACUAAGUUAGUUUUUAGAGAUAAGUUUCCUUCAAUUCUUGUGCAGACCAGAAAUGCUCUAUCUGGAACGUACUCCGCUCCACAGAGAUCUGCCAGUUCAGCUGCCCUGUUGGUUGGUGACCCUACUGUUAUGCGUGACAGGGCUGGAAAUUUUGUGCUCCCUAGAGCAGAUGUCAUGAAGUUAAGAGAUCGUCUAAGAAAUGAAGAACUAGCUGCGGGGUCAUUCUUUAGCAGAAUAAGAAAUGGAAGGGCAUUGCGGCACGAAUCAACAAGUGAUGUAGGUCGUAGAAGAGAAAUGUGUGCACAUGCAAGGAUUUUGGCUUUGGAAGAGGCAAUUGAUACUGAAUGGGUUUACAUGUGGGAUAAGUUUGGUGGUUACUUACUUCUUUUGCUUGGUUUGACUGCAAGAGCAGAGCGUGUGCAGGAUGAGGUUCGCUUGAGACUCUUCCUUGAUAGCAUAGGUUUUUCAGAUUUAAGUGCCAAGAAAAUUAAAAAGUGGAUGCCAGAAGACCGUAGACAGUUUGAAAUCAUACAGGAGAGUUAUAUAAGAGAAAAGGAGAUGGAAGAGGAAAUCUUGAUGCAGAGACGUGAGGAGGAAGGGAGGGGUAAAGAGAGAAGGAAAGCACUUCUGGAGAAGGAAGAACGGAAGUGGAAGGAGAUAGAGGCCUCCCUCAUAUCAUCUAUGCCAAAUGCUGGAAGCAGGGAAGCAGCAGCCAUGACAGCUGCAGUGCGUGCAGUAGGAGGUGAUUCUGUUCUUGAUGAUUCUUUUGCACGUGAAAGAGUUUCAAGCAUCGCGCGUCGUAUACGUGCUGCGCAGUUAUCUCGUCGGGCACUCCAGACAGGAGUUGCUGGUGCUGUUUGUAUUCUUGAUGAUGAGCCCACAAGUAGUGGCAGACACUGUGGCCAGAUUGAUCCUAGUAUAUGCCAAAGUCAAAAAGUCAGCUUCUCUAUAGCCGUGAUGAUCCAGCCUGAGUCUGGGCCAGUUUGCCUCUUAGGUACUGAAUUUCAGAAGAAAGUGUGCUGGGAGAUUGUUGUAGCGGGUUCUGAACAAGGAAUUGAGGCUGGACAAGUUGGGCUUAGAUUGAUAACUAAAGGUGAUAGACAAACUACUGUAGCAAAAGAAUGGAGUAUCAGUGCAUCAAGUAUCGCAGAUGGAAGGUGGCACAUUGUUACAAUGACCAUAGAUGCUAAUCUAGGUGAGGCUACUUGCUUUUUAGAUGGUGGUUAUGAUGGCUACCAGACUGGGUUACCAUUGUAUGUGAGCGAUUCGAUUUGGGAGCAAGGAACAGAACUUUGGGUUGGCGUGAGACCACCUACAGAUAUGGAUGCAUUUGGGAGGUCAGAUAGUGAAGGAGCUGAAUCCAAGAUGCACGUAAUGGAUGUUUUCCUUUGGGGAAGGUUCUUAACUGAAGAUGAGAUUGCUGCUCUUCCUGCUGCCAUGGGCUCUGCUGAGUACAAUAGGAUUGAUCUUCCUGAAGAUAAUUGGCAAUGGGUGGAAUCUCCUUCCAGGGUUGAUGAGUGGGACAGUGAUCCUGCAGAUGUAGAUCUUUAUGACAGGGAUGAUGUGGAUUGGGAUGGACAGUAUUCAAGUGGGAGGAAAAGAAGGUCAGAACGUGAUGGGGUGGUGGUUGAUGUGGAUUCUUUCACCAGGAGGUUUAGGAAACCUAGGCUGGAAUCACAGGAAGAAAUUAAUCAACGUAUGCUUUCGGUUGAACUGGCUGUCAAAGAAGCUCUCCGUGCAAGAGGCGAAGCACAUUUUACUGAUCAAGAGUUUCCCCCAAAUGUUCGGUCAUUGUUCAUAGAUCCUGUUAAUCCUCCCUCGAAGUUGCAGGUUGUUGCUGAGUGGAUGAGGCCAACUGAAAUAGUGAAAAAAAACCAUCUGGAUUCUCGUCCAUGCUUAUUUUCUGGGGCUGCAAACCCUUCUGAUGUUUGUCAGGGCCGAUUGGGUGAUUGUUGGUUUUUGAGUGCUGUUGCUGUAUUAACUGAGGUUUCACGAAUAUCAGAAGUCAUUAUUACCCCAGACUAUAAUGAUGAAGGAAUCUACACUGUUCGCUUCUGCAUACAGGGUGAGUGGGUCCCUGUUGUCGUUGAUGACUGGAUUCCAUGUGAAUCACCUGGUAAACCUGCAUUUGCAACCAGUAGAAAGGGGAAUGAAUUGUGGGUCUCUAUAUUGGAGAAGGCAUAUGCCAAACUUCAUGGUUCUUAUGAGGCAUUAGAAGGCGGGCUUGUCCAAGAUGCCCUUGUGGAUCUCACUGGGGGUGCUGGUGAGGAGAUUGAUAUGAGAUGUGCUCAGGCCCAGAUUGAUCUGGCUAGUGGAAGACUCUGGUCUCAACUGCUACGCUUUAAGCAAGAGGGGUUUCUUCUAGGUGCUGGAAGUCCUUCAGGUUCAGAUGUGCAUAUUUCCUCGAGUGGCAUCGUGCAGGGCCACGCUUACUCAUUAUUGCAGGUUAGAGAAGUAGAUGGCCACAGACUUGUUCAGAUUCGAAACCCGUGGGCAAAUGAAGUUGAGUGGAAUGGCCCUUGGUCUGAUUCAUCACCUGAAUGGACUGACAGGAUGAAGCACAAGCUCAAACAUGUUCCACAGUCAAAAGAUGGUAUAUUCUGGAUGUCAUGGCAAGACUUCCAAAUCCAUUUCCGGUCAAUCUAUGUUUGUCGUGUGUACCCCCCGGAGAUGCGUUAUUCGGUUCAUGGCCAGUGGCGAGGUUACAGUGCUGGCGGUUGUCAGGAUUAUGAUACAUGGCAUCAGAACCCGCAGUUCCGGGUGAGGGCCACUGGGCCAGAUGCAUCAUUUCCAAUUCACGUGUUUAUAACCUUGACUCAGGGUGUAAGCUUCUCGAGAACAACUGCUGGUUUCAGGAAUUAUCAAUCCAGUCACGACUCAAUGAUGUUCUACAUUGGGAUGAGGAUACUAAAAACCCGUGGGCGUCGUGCUGCUUACAACAUUUACUUACAUGAAUCAGUUGGUGGGACAGAUUAUGUAAAUUCUCGAGAAAUAUCAUGUGAGAUGGUUCUGGAGCCUGAUCCGAAGGGUUACACUAUAGUGCCAACAACGAUCCACCCUGGAGAAGAAGCUCCAUUUGUUCUUUCUGUGUUCACUAAAGCAUCAAUAACCCUUGAAGCUUUAUAGCAUGCAAAGUUGUGCUUUUGGUUGGUUUCGAUGACCUUAAUUGGGUUCAGAGCAUAUCUCAAAGUUUUGGACUGCUUGGGUUGUCCCUGGAUCUUGCACGCCUCUCAGUGGAUUGAAUGAAUCCUGAACUGCUGCACCAAGGAACAUGGUAAUUUUCUCAACAGAAGUCCAUCCUCUAGAUAUAUGUAUUGUUUGCCUCUUUCUCAGUAUUACCAGUAUAUGUCUAGUUCCAUUGUGUUUCAAAGAAGUCUUGUCUCAGUUGUCUGGUUUUCUGUUGUCUAAACAUCCUAAAUUGAUCAUAAUGUAUCUAAACAGUUUUCUGAAAAUUACCAGUUUUGUUGUGUAUUAAGCAAGGAUCAAAAUAUCGUUUUGAAACGGUUGAAACGUCCGAAACAUUUUCGUUUCUAAGGAGACCAAAA